GCACAUACCUGUAAUCCCAGCUAUUUGGGAGGCUGAGGCAGGGCGAUCAUUUGAGCCCAAGAGGCUCAAGGGCUGUGACUGUGCCACUGCACUCUAGCCUGGGUGACAGAGCAAGACUGUGUCUCUGAAAACAAACCUAUAAACCAUGGGUUGUGUGAAUGGGUGUGGACAUGAAUGUGUGAGGUGUUUGUAUAUGAGUAUGUGACAGUAUGGGUGCCACUGAGUGUCACAAGUAUGCACAUUUAACAGGGGUUGGGGACAGGCAAUGACCAGCAGCUCCUUCAGGCUGCACCUGGCUCUGUCCAGAACAGGAGAGGUCGAGGGUCUCCUGUGUAUGACCCUCGGGGGCUCUCCAGAGGCCGCACAGCAGGAACCUGGCAUUGGGAUGUAUGUGCUGUUGUCCCCCCAGGCCCAGCCCCCAAGCCACCCUCCCAGCUUCAACGGGGAAGGGCUGGAGGGGCCUCGGGUGAGCAUGCUGCUGUCCGGUGCGGGGCCAGAGUACGCAGAGCGCCCUGAGGUGGCUCGCCGGGACAGCGCCCCCACCGAGAGCCGGCUGGCCAAGAGCGAUGUGCCCAUCCAGCUGCUCAGCGCCACCAACCAGUUCCAGAGGCAGGCGGCCGUGCAGCAGCAGAUCCCCACCAAGCUGGCGGCCUCCACCAAGGGUGGCAAGGACAAGGGCGGCAAGAGCAGGGGCUCUCAGCGCUGGGAGAGCUCAGCGUCCUUCGACCUGAAGCAGCAGCUGCUGCUCAACAAGUUCAUGGGAAAAGAUGAGAGCACCUCACGGAACCGCCGCUCGCUGAGCCCCAUCCUGCCCAGCAGACACAGCCCCGCGCCGCCGCCAGAGCCUGGCUUCCCCGCCCCAAGCCCACCGCCAGCUGACAGCCCCUCUGAGGGCUUCUCUCUCAAGGCCGGGGGCACAGCCCUCCUGCCCGGGCCCCCGGCUCCCUCGCCACUGCCGGCCGCACCAGUCAGCGCCAAGGAGGACGCCAGCAAGGAAGACGUCAUCUUCUUCUGAAAGGGCCGUGACUCAAGGAAAGUUUUUAAUGGAAAGUUGAGCCAGAACUAAACCAGGGAGCUGUCUGAAAUCAUAGCGCCCCAUGCUGGUGGCGGGGAGAUCAACUCCGAGCGGUUUUUCUGAGGCAGUGAGGAACGGUGCCGGCUCUGCACGGAGCUGAGGACAGGACAGACCUCACUCUGAGAAGGAGCUGCCGGCCGGGGCCACGCUCCACGGCCACCACGCAACACUGGAGUCAGGGGUUAGGGCACCAGGAGGAGCCAGGUGGCGUCGGCAGCAUCUGUCCCCAGAAUCAGGCAGAAUCCACUUCCCAAGCAGAGACUCACGCAGGUUCACCGUGAACCUCAGGGCCGGAGAAUGAGCCAGGCACGGGGGCAUGGGCAGAGAGGGCCACGGGGCAGGGCCCACUGAGGGGAUAUCAGUGGCCCUCCAGGCAGUUCUGUGGGUUUGGAAGCCCACUGUGAAAGGGGCUGACCUUUGCCCUUUUUUACUUGGCAUUGGUUUUGAAACCAGCUGUUUCCCAAACUCUGCUUCCCGAGGUCACCCAUUGCUGUUCACACGCGAGGUCUGUCUGGGCAGCCGGGUCUCUAGCUUCAGCCAGGGCACAUACACACCCCAGACGCAGGGUCCUCAGCCCCCGGGAAAUGAGCUCCUGGGGCUGGCACCCCACCUUCCAGGCAGCGCUGGCACAUCACGGACUGUCGAGAGCGCCACGUCCCAGGGCGUGUGGAGGAAGCACCUAGAGACAUUGCAGCGAGUGGCCAAGUGGCCGCUGUGCGGGCCCCUCGCUUGUAGUGAGCUGUUGCAGCUCAUGGCCCCUUCCCUGGAGGAGUGGAGGAAGGAGUGUUGGGCAGUGUCGAAGGUGCUGGGACGUCCCAUGGCGGCAAUCCCGGGAUGGUGAGAUCCAUCCAUGAUCCAGCUCCAGUGGAGGAGGAGGCACAUUUCAAGCCUUGUUCUGCACCCCAAGCAUUAGUGGCAGGACUGGGUCCUGGCUGGUCAUCCUUGUUCCCAGUGGGGUACACGUGAGCCCCCGCCAGGGCCAAGUCCUUCUCCUGAACCCCGGUCCUGGGAACCGCAUAUCCCGGGGGGAUUCUCCCGCUGUGCUGGCAGAGCAGCACUGUGACAGUCCUGUGACCCUGAAUACAGUGAACAGGGACAUUCCCGCCUCGGGGACAGACGGGCACAGGGGAUGGGAAACUCCAUCAGGAAGUGCUCCCCUGGGCAGAGGCGCCCACUGGGUGCUGUGGGCUCAGGAGGGGACGGGGCAGGCGCUGGUGCCAACCAGGACCAGAGCCCCACAGCCAUACAGCCCAUCGGUGACAAGGUCCUGAGAACAGUGAGUGGCCAGGCGUCCCAAGACUCCUGGCCCCUCCGACGACCUCGACUCCACCCAGCCCAGUCGUUGGCGAUCAGCGAGGCUCUCCGCCCCCGUCAGAUCCCAUGUGUGCCAUGUGUAUCAUCAGUGUUUUGUAUUUUUGUACUGAGUAUCGGAGCACUUUACAAACGCUGACUGUACAUUCCUGUUCUGUUGUGAAGAGAACAUUGCCAGACCCUCGCACCCUCCUGAGCCGGCAUGUGCUGGUCCAGCCCUCCGAGACGCCACCAUUCCUUGGACGGGGGAGAAGUUCAAGGAAUUUCUGCUCAGCCACCCGGUGGGAACCCUGCGUCCCCGCCACAUGGCCGAGGGGUCUCAGUCGUGCUAGGCAUGGGGCGGCGGCAUUGACAGCCCUUCCCUCGCCAGUGCCCCUCGGCCACUCCUGGGUUGGAGCCCGAUUUUAUUUGUAAAGUUGACAGUCGAGCACGUUCAUAUUUUCGUGGGAUCUGCACACGUCUUUGUCAGUCAUGAUCGUGAUCUUAGUCACCUGCUAAUUAUUUUUACAAUGAUUACAGCAUUUCCUCACCACAGGAUAUUUCUGACCUGCUUUAGAACUUAAGACCUGAUUCUAGCAAUAAACGUGUCCAAGGUGAGC